CUCUUCCAUUUCUUCUUCUUAGAAUUCAUAUUCUUCGUUAUUCCUCCUUUCUUUUCAUCUCUUCUCAUAUAUACGUAUAGCUUUCUUCUUCUUCUUUUUGUUUCUCCGCCAAAAGGGUUGUUUCGUAUAUAUAUUUAUGCACAAAUAUCAUAUACAUAUAGUAUUGAUUUGAGUACUCGAUAGCUAGCCGUAUACUUGAUUUCAUGGAGGAGCCUAUUGUGUUGAACAAAGGCGAGGAGCCUCUAGAUUUGCCUCCAGGUUUCAGGUUUCACCCCACUGAUGAGGAGAUAAUUACUCAUUAUCUCACUGAGAAGGUGAAGGAUAGUAGUUUCAGUGCAAUUGCUAUUGGAGAGGCUGAUUUGAAUAAGUGCGAACCUUGGGAUUUGCCCAAGAGAGCCAAGAUAGGGGAGAAAGAGUGGUAUUUCUUCUGCCAAAAGGAUAGAAAGUAUCCAACUGGUAUGAGAACCAAUAGAGCAACAGAAUCUGGGUACUGGAAGGCCACUGGAAAAGAUAAGGAGAUUUACAAAGGGAAAGGCAACCUUGUUGGGAUGAAGAAGACCCUUGUGUUCUAUAGAGGGAGAGCUCCAAAGGGUGAGAAGACCAAUUGGGUCAUGCAUGAAUUCAGAUUGGAGGGCAAAUUUGCAAGUUACAAUCUUCCUAAGGCAGCAAAGGACGAAUGGGUUGUGUCAAGGGUUUUUCACAAGAACACAGAUGUCAAAAAGUCCUCAAUUCCUGGUCUUCUGAGGAUAAACUCUAUUGGGGAUGAUCUUCUUGAUUAUUCUUCACUUCCACCUCUCAUGGAUCCUCCUUAUGGCAACACCAACACAAAUAACCCACUUUCAUCAACUAAAUCACAAUCAGAGGGCUAUUAUCUUCCCAGUUUCUCCAUCAACAACCAUCACCAGCUUCUCAUCAAGCCAGAAGACCACCACAGAAGCUAUGAGAUUCCCACAAUCAGUUACACCUCCAACCAAGCCAAUCUCAGCAACACCGUUAACCCAGUUGGAAGCAACACACUCUCACAACCUUCAAACAUGUUCUCUGAUUACUACGUGCACCAAAACAGGAUCAGAAGUUCCAUCAUGCCGAGUAUUGAAGGUUCGGGUUUCGGUACCAACCACGAUCAAGCUAUCCUUAGAGCAUUUGCAGCCAAGAACAACGAGCAUUUGGGUGGAAUCUUGGAGAAACAGUGCAAGAUGGAACAAUUCUCCUCUAACCACUCACAAGACACAGGCUUAAGCAACGACAGAAACACGGAAACAUCCUCGGUGGUUUCGAAGCAGGACAACAUGGGAAGAAAUCGGACAUUGUACGAGGAUCUUGAAGGUCCUCCUCCUUCAGUUGCACCUCUCUCAGAUUUGGAAUGCUUGCAGUGGGAUGACUACUGAAGAAGAAGAAGAAGAAGAAGAAGACAAGAGAAUUACAUAAAUCAAGUUUGCAGAUCCAUGAGUUUUUCAUUCUGGGAUCAUCAGCAUCAUCAUCGUGCAUAGUAAUUAAUCAUCACAUACCUUUUCUUUCUUUUUUCGUUUGGUUUUAAACAGUCCUCUACAUACUGAUUUCAUCAUCAUAAACGUGAUCAUACACAUUAUUAUUAUUAGACAUGAUAUAUAGGAAAGUUCUUGGGUACACAUACACUGUAUAGAUUUAUGAUAUCCAGGUCUUUUCGAUGUUAAUUAGUUUUUGUAUUCAUAGGUAUUAUCGAGGGGAAGAACUUGAUGAAUCGUGUACAUCUAUAUUCUUUUGUUAUAUUAGUGGCUUUGUUUUUUUA